UCAUUUGCAUGACUGGAAAAGGAAAACCAAUCACUCACUUAAAACACGCACACACAUCACUCGUCGCCACCUCGCCAGCUUUUGCUUUCCUUAUAUACGAAACGCAUUAAAAUGGUGAUGUUCAAGGUUUCUCGUGUGGAGACGACGCCGUACGAUGGCCAAAAGCCUGGCACUUCUGGUCUCCGUAAGAAGGUGAAAGUUUUCAUCCAACCGCACUACUUGCAAAACUUUGUUCAGUCGACAUUCAAUGCCCUUUCAGCAGAAAAAGUCAGAGGUGCAACUCUCGUUGUUUCUGGUGAUGGCCGCUAUUUCUCGAAGGAUGCCAUUCAGAUCAUAACUAAGAUGGCAGCUGCAAAUGGUGUAAGACGUGUUUGGAUUGGUCAAAAUGGACUGCUUUCAACUCCAGCCGUAUCAGCUGUGAUUCGAGAAAGAGUUGGUGUAGAUGGAUCCAGGGCGACAGGAGCAUUUAUAUUGACUGCAAGUCACAAUCCGGGUGGUCCUCAUGAGGACUUUGGAAUAAAAUAUAACAUGGAAAAUGGUGGACCUGCUCCUGAGGGAAUCACGGAUAAGAUAUAUGAGAACACUAAAACUAUCAAGGAGUACUUAAUUGCAGAAGAUCUUUCUGAUGUAGAUAUCAGCACAACCGGUGUCACCAGCUUUAGCGGGCCUGAGGGACAGUUUGAUGUUGAUGUUUUUGAUUCAGCAAGUGACUAUGUGAAGUUGAUGAAGUCAAUCUUUGACUUUGAAUCCAUCCGGAAGCUACUUACAUCUCCAAAAUUCACCUUCUGUUAUGAUGCACUGCAUGGAGUCGGUGGAGCUUAUGCAAAACCAAUUUUCGUAGAAGAGCUCGGUGCACAAGAGCGCUCAUUGUUGAACUGCACUCCCAAGGAGGACUUUGGGGGAGGACAUCCAGAUCCUAAUCUGACUUAUGCCAAGGAGUUGGUUGCCCGGAUGGGAUUGGGAAAAUUAGAUUCUGAAAGUGAACCUCCAGAGUUUGGUGCUGCAGCUGAUGGUGAUGCAGAUCGUAAUAUGAUCCUUGGUAAAAGGUUUUUUGUUACUCCAUCCGACUCUGUUGCCAUCAUUGCAGCAAAUGCAGUUGAAGCGAUACCAUAUUUCUCUGCUGGUCUGAAGGGGGUUGCCAGGAGCAUGCCAACAUCAGCAGCUCUUGAUGUUGUGGCUAAACAUCUGAAUUUGAAAUUUUUUGAGGUGCCCACUGGUUGGAAGUUUUUUGGUAAUUUGAUGGAUGCUGGAUUAUGUUCAGUAUGUGGAGAAGAAAGUUUUGGAACUGGCUCAGACCAUAUACGUGAGAAAGAUGGAAUUUGGGCAGUUCUGGCUUGGCUAUCCAUACUUGCCCACAAAAAUAAGGGGAAGCUUGAUGGAGAUAAACUUGUCAGUGUUGAAGAUAUAGUUCGCCAGCAUUGGGCUACAUAUGGUCGCCACUACUAUACUCGAUAUGACUAUGAGAAUGUGGAUGCAGGGGCUGCAAAGGAAUUAAUGGCACAUUUGGUCAAACUGCAGUCUUCUCUUUCGGAAGUUAACGAUAUUGUGAAGGGGAUACGUUCUGACGUGGCAAAGGUUGUCCAUGCGGAUGAGUUCGAGUACAAGGAUCCUGUUGAUGGUUCUAUCUCAAGGCACCAGGGUAUUCGUUAUUUGUUUGAGGAUGGUUCUCGAUUGGUCUUCCGCCUCUCAGGGACUGGCUCAGAAGGUGCAACCAUCCGUCUAUACAUCGAGCAGUAUGAAAAGGAUCCAUUGAAAACUGGGAGGGAAUCUCAAGAAGCACUUGCUCCUCUUGUGGAGGUUGCCCUCAAGCUCGCAAAGUUGCAGGAAUUCACCGGACGAUCUGCUCCAACCGUCAUUACAUAAAUUUAUACUGCCAGCUGGGAGUAUAAAUAUCAAAAGGUCUUCUAAAACAACUAAUAAGAUCCAUCUAGGCUUCCUAAGCAUCUGCCACUGCAGCCUUCACAGAGGCGAGUAUACUAUAAAUGAGUAUUGUUUACUCAAAGUAUAAGCGGAUCUUUAACUUUUGUUACUCAAAAAAAAAUUGAAGUUUUCUCGUAAUUUAUUACCAAUAUAAUAUUUUGACACUUCUUGAAAAA